AUGGCGGCCUGCCUCGACGCCGCCCCGACGGUCGCCGCCUACGGGUCCCACCCGUCGCAGUACGUCGUCGUCCACGCGCCGCGCGGCGCGCCGCGGCGCGUCGUCGUCGCCGUCGUCCACGGCGGGUUCUGGAAGAACAAGUACACGGUGGCCUGCGCCGCCCACGAGACCCUGGCGCCGCACCUCGCGGCGCGCGGCUACGGCGUCGUCGAGGUCGAGUACCGGCGCCGCGACUGCGCCGGCGGCGGCUGGCCCGGCACCGUCGACGACGCCGCGGCGCCCCGGAGCUGCGCCGCGAGGCUUGUGGCAAGAGCGUCGAGGAUGGCCACUCUCGUCGUCGAGGUCGCCGACGCCGCCGCCAGCGGCACCAAAGCCGACGCCGCCGGCGACGCCGACGCCGACGCCGGCGCCGCCGGCGACGCCGACGCCGGCGGCGACGCCGACGCCGACGCGACGCGCCUCGCGGCCUACGCGGAGCGCCUCGCGGCGCUCGUCGGGUCGCCGGCGCCCCUCAACCCCUACUUCGACGAGCGCGCGGGCUGCGUCCCCGGGCCGGACCGCGUGGCGACGGCGGCGCUCCUGGCCGAGGUGCGCGCCGCGGCGCCGGCGCGCGGUCGCGCGCUCGCGGCGGCGCUCGAGGCCGACGGCCCGGGCUACGCGACGCUCCUCGUCGUCGAGGUCUCGCUGUCCGAGCCGCCGCGCGGCGACGCGGCGCGGCUCGCGCGCGCCGUCGCCGCGGCGCUGACGGCGGCGGUCGCCGCGCUCGUGCCGCGCGUCGCCGGCGUCGGCCCGCCGCGCGACGCGGCCGCGGCCGCGGCCGCGACGGCCGCGCUGCCGGUCCUCGCGCGCUGCGCGCGCCACCUGUCGAAGAUCCCCGCGGCGCGCCCGAUCGUCGCCGGCGCCGCCGCGGCGCUCGUCGGCGUGCCGCCCCUCGGCGACGGCGACGCGGCCGACGCGUGGGGCCGCGGGUUCCCCGCGCGCGACCUCGGGCGGCCCGGCCCGCUGCCCGAGGCCGUCGCGGCCGGCGCGGUGGACGGCGUCGCCGGGGCCCUCGCAGGCGUCGAGGUCUUGACGUCGAUGGCGUAUCGAGCUUUGCCGAUCCUCGGCCGCCGCGCGAUCUCGAAGGGGAGGCCCCUCUUCGAGACCCUGGACGCGAACGGCGACGGCGUCCUCGACGCGCGCGAGCUCGCGGCGGCGUCCGCGGCCCUGGGCGUCGACGCGGCGCACCUCGACGCGCUCUUCAAGGCCCACGCGGGCGGCGACGGCGUGCUCCAGCGCGACGAGCUCGCGGAGCUCCUCGCGGACGCCGUCGUCGACGGCGCGGCCGCGGCGCGGGUCCGCCGCGCGUCGGCGGCGGCGCACGCCGGCGCGGCCGCGGGCCCGUCGGCGGCCCUCGAGGCGACGGCCGGCGCGCGGCGCGACGACGGGCCCGACGCGCGGCCCCUGGACGUCGCGCUGGCCGUCGCCGCGUUCUGCGAGCGCGCGCGGCCGCCGCGCGGGAACCGCGCCUUCGACCCGGACGCCGCGCGCGCGCGAACGGCUCGGACCGAGCCCGCGGACUGCCGCGCGGACGAGGUCGCCCUCCACGUCUUCCCCUUCGGCGGCCUCGCCAAGGCCGCGGCCUUCGUGGCGGACCUCGCGAGCGGCGCCUGGCCGCCCGUCGAGGACCACCGGCCGGCCGCCGGCGCGGAGCCCGAGGAUCCGCUCGCGGCCGCCGGCCUCCCCGGCGGCGACCUCCUCGGCGGCGGCGACCUCCUCGGCGGCGGCGACCUCCUCGGCGGCGGCGACCUCCUCGGCGGCGGCGACCUCCUCGGCGGCGGCGACCUCCUCGGCGGCGGCGACGCGGCGGCGGACCCCUUCGCGGCGGCCGGCGACCUCCUCGGCGGCUUCGGCCUCGACGCCGGCGGCGGCGACGGCGGCGCGGGCGCGCUCCGAGGCUUCGGGUCGAUGAUCAGCAAGGACAAGGGCCCGGGCGCGGGCAUCCGCAUGUCGCGGCCGCCGAAGCCCAAGACCUACGCGCGCGCGGACGACGACGACGACGACGACGACGACGACGACGACGACGACGACGACUGA